AUGGGCACCUUCCUCCCCGGCCUGGCCUUCGCCAUCCUCGGCGUGUGGCACACGCUGAACACCGUCAAGGGCUACAAGCUCAGGGGCGCCUCCGGCUUCCGCUCCGCUACCUGGUUCCCAUUCCCAUCGUUGCCGGCCGAGGCACCUGGAGCUCUACCUCAUGCUCUCCUUCUCCGUGCUCGCGCCAUCGUCGACCAGCUCGUGGACUCUCCGCAUCCUGUGCUGCGCCUCCAGCCGGACAGCCUCGAGCACGCCACCAUGUACCUCCACCUAGCUGUGUAG